CCUGUAACACAGCGGGACAAAUCUCUGGCCGGAGAAAAUGUCUGGAAUGUUGGACAGCUACAGAACUGCCGAGAAAAUAUUGUACGUGUUCAUUGCCGUUAUUGGAGUUCCUGUGAAUUUAGUGGCGAUUGUGAUCCUGUCCCGGGGAAAGUGCGGCCUCUCUACCUGCACCACUCGCUACCUGGUUGCCAUGGCAGCGGCCGAUCUACUGAUCGUUGUCACGCACGUCUUCUUGUAUCGAAUCAGUGUGUAUUAUUUCCCGUGGAGUUUUCUGAGCAUCACCCCUGUGUGCAGUGUUACGAACGUACUGAAGUACACAGCCACAGACUGUUCUGUCUGGUUCACCGUCACCUUCACCUUUGAUCGGUUUGUCGCCAUUUGCUGCCCGAAGCUGAAAACCAAAUAUUGCACCGGGAAAACUGUGGCUGUGGUUCUGACAACAACCGGCGUACUGUUAAUUUUGAAAAACGUUCCCCGCUAUUUUUCGUUAGUACAUGCUGUGAUAAUCGAGAAUAUACCUUGGUUCUGUGUGACAAUCGACGAUUAUUUCACUGACCCCGGGUGGGUGGGAUAUGACUGGCUCGAUACGGUUUUAACUCCGCUGCUCCCUUUCGCUGGGAUCCUGCUGCUCAACGCUCUGACAGUCAGACACAUUGUAGUGGCCAGUCGGGUCCGUAAGGGGCUGAAGGGUCAGAGCAAGGGGGAGAACCGCAGUGACCCGGAGAUGGAGAGCAGGAGGAGGUCUGUGGUUUUACUCUUCACUCUCUCCGGCAGCUUCAUCCUCCUCUGGAUGACACUGGUUGCAAACGUCAUAUAUUAUCAGGUUUUGGGAAAAGGUUUUCAGUUCACUUCUUCUGAGUGGAUCUUCCACUUCGUCGGGAUUUUGCUGAGGGAUUUCAGCUGCUGUACGAACACAUUUAUUUACGUGGUAACUCAGUCGAAAUUCAGGGAGCAGGUGAUGAGCCCGGUGAAAUAUCCGGUCAAUUCAGUGCUUCAGUUCAUUAAUAAAGCCGCGUCCUAAGCACAACCCAGCGGCGGCCGCAAUGUCUCCACUCCGGGAUCCAGCACCUCACAUUCACCACCUGAUCUC